CCUUGGUUAGACAACAAGCACACGGUAUUCGGUCGCGUCAUCAAAGGUAUGGAAGUUGUUCAGAAGAUCUCCAACAUCAAAACCAAUGCCAAGAACGACAAGCCUAUGGAGGACGUCAACAUAAUCAGCAUCAGUAUCAAAGACUUGGGUGCAGGGGUUUAGCGGUGACGGUUGUGUUCAUUUUGCUCGUGUUGUAUGUGCUGUGUUUUUUUAUUUCGCUUAGCCAGAACCAUGUUUGUCUAAGCGAUGUCUAG